UACCUUCCCUUAAUUAUUACAUGAAUGGCACCUCUUGGUGACAGCCAGCCAGCCACUGCGUCACAUCGCUUGUGAGUUCGUCUCGUCGGCUUACUUACUAACUCCGGCGCCACGUCGUCCCCGUCGUCGGCUCGCCGCCGGCCCGCUGCCGGCCCGCUGCAAGAGCUUCCGGCGAUGUCCAAGAGGCAGGCAAUCCUGAAGUCGAUAUGGUCGCCGCUCACCGCCGUCUUCAGGACCAAGAAUUGUGCUGCGACCUCGAGCAACCUCGUCGUCGUCAAUGCCGGCGGGGAGAUCAUCGCCGGCGGCGGCCGUGAGGAUGCAAUCGUAACGAGAAAAUCCCGGUCUAGCCUGGAGGACCUCCUGAAGAUCGAAUCGUCAUCGAAUCCUGGAACCAUGGCCGCCGACGAGCCACUACCAAAUCACAUGGCUUCGCCGAAGAACUCCUCGAUGGAGAGCGAGUUGCAAGUAGUGCUGGCCGGCUACCCGGAGAACAGCCACGGCGGCGUUAUCGCCGGCCGUCCACCGGAGUCUCUCGACGGCGGUGGCGGCGCCGUCGUCGUGCGGGCUCAGACGGUGAGGGUGAAGGUGAACAGGCUCGUCGUGCUCGUUCCAUCAGCUCUGCGGGCACGGUCGCGCGCCGCGAAGAUGGUGGAUGCGGCGGCCCUGCCGGCGAAGCGUGGCUCGUACUGGAGGAUCGCCGGUCGCGGCCGCGGCGGCGACAAGAGUGAGCUGUUCUACCAGCGGCCGAUCCCGUUGGGGCGCAGAUGCAGGGUGCAACACUUGGAGGAGGUUACACUGUCUGAUAAUUAAGGUCCAUCCCCAUGGUGCAUGGUUUGGAUUUGGAAAAGAAAAUUAAACACCGAACUGUACUAUAGUGGAUUGCUACUAUACUAUUAGUGCAUGCAGAGUCUUUGUAAACUGUAAUAUAUAACGUGGUAAUUAACUAAUUGUUGUAAUUAUAUGACAAUGCAAAUUAUAAGAUGUGUUUUACAUAUA